AUGCCUCCGACUCAGAUGAAGAUUGUCGCCCCAGGUGCAGUUUUUUCGACUGGCUGGCCGUGCUGCGUGGGAAUUCGGCGGACGCCUGCUCUUCUUGCUGUUCGCCAUCCAGCAUCUCAUCAAGGGCUUCGCUGGCACCUUGGUGGCCGUGCCAACCCCUACCUCUGCAAGGAGUACCACGUGUCUGCGCAGGAUGUGCAAAUCCUGAAGACCUUGAUCUUCUCUCCAUACAUCAUGAAGCCGAUGAUGGGCUUGACCAGCGAUCUCUUCCCGAUCGGGGGCUACAACAAGGCUCCUUACCUGCUGAUGGUCAGCACGGUCGGCAUCGCUGCAGCCCUCAUUGUCGGCCUAGUUUCCACAUCGCUCCGAGUGCUCAUCCUGUGCCUAUUCCUGGUCGAGUUCAUGAUUUGCAGCGACGACCUCCUCACUGAGGCGCUGUAUUCACGGCAUAUGCAGGAGAAGCCCAAACGCGGACAAGACCUGCUGACUUUCGUGUUUGCGGGAAUGUCCUUCUGGUCCUUCUUGGCGGCCCUGGCUUCGGGCUUUGUGCUGACGUAUUUGGGAGCACAUGCCACGUAUAUCCUGGUGGCCAUCUGUAGCCUCCCGGCGCUCUACGCCGCCUGGACAAUGGAGGAGCACCGGAAAA